AUGACAACUUCAGUAGAUGGGACUGGGAAGUCACCACUCCCAGAUCUGCACUACAUCCAAUAUGAUCCAGACAAGGAAGCACAAUAUCUUACAGCGAUCCGCGAGUUGAUCUCAAAGGAUCUUUCAGAACCCUACAGUAUUUAUGUCUACCGAUACUUUCUCUAUCAAUGGGCAGAUCUCUGUUAUAUGACGGUCGAUUCGUCUGGGGAACUCAUAGGCGUUGUCGUUUGCAAAUUGGAACCUCACAGAGAUGGCCCAAUGCGUGGAUACAUUGCUAUGCUAGCAGUCAAGAAGGAACAUAGAGGCAGAGGUAUUGCCUCAAAAUUGGUCCGAAUGGCCAUGGAUGGAAUGAUAGCCAAAGACGCGGACGAGAUCGCACUGGAGACUGAGAUCGAUAACAUCCCAUCUCUCAAACUCUACGAACGACUCGGCUUCCUGAGGACUAAGCGUCUGCAUCGCUACUAUCUGAACGGCAAUAGUGCAUAUCGAAUGAUACUGUACCUGAAGGACGGGGUUGCCUCGAAGCAAUCACAGAUGCCUUACGACCCCUUGUAUUGA